ACUUUUUGAUUUCCCCUACUUGUUGAAGGCUCUGCCCAUCAUGAGGUGAAUGAGUUGUUGAUACUUCGCAACCAAAAUAAUGAAUCCUAUGCGGACGUUUGUUUUCACCUCACCGCUUCUUUAUACGCUCGCGCACACACACGCACGCACGCACGCACACACUGUUACAUUGAGUUUGUAAACUUGCGUCAAGGGUUUAAACCGAUGACAUGUCCAUGAACGUCCACCUCCUCACCCGCAUGACAGACACAGGAGCGCUUCUUCAGCAUGAGCCCCUCGGGUCCGCCCUUGAAAAAGAAAAGCUACAUGGGGCAGCACCAGAUCAAGAAGAAACAAUGUUUCCAAGCUCCUGAUGAGCCACCAGACGAAUGCAGACAGCACAUAUCAGGCAAAACCAACAGGAACAAGGACGGCCGGGUGGAUGGAGGCGCACUAUGUCCACUGGGAGAAUCCACAUUGGCUCUUGAUGAAGAAAUGCUGCAGGUGUUGGACGCUGUGGACCCGGUGAGGCCUUCAACCGACAAUGUGCGCCCAACGGCUGCAAACAUGGGUGCGCGGCGAGAGCCGUCGUCAUCGGGUGUCUUUGACGGAGCCCCCGGCGCCCGGGGGUCAGCCCGGGGUAGCGGUGGCGACCAUUGUGAGCGACCAGGGUGGCGAGCCGACUGCAAGGACCUUGCAAAGAGGCUCCUGUUCGGUGAGGACUCUGGGGAAGCGGAUCGAGCUCGGACGGGCCCGGAGAGCAUCCAGCCGCCGCCGGCUUCCUCCAGCACCAAUGCGCCAUCCUGUCAGGACAUAAAAAUCAACAAUCUCAGGAUGCGUCCACCCGUACAAAGAAGCUCUCCAUGUGGCGAUGACAAAGGUGGGUCAAGCGUGAGCGCUGACCCCCCUCUGGAUGUAUCCAGGGACUACAUCUUGUUCAGCCCCACCCGCCUCGCAGCUGCCACGAAGAGGGCCCGACUCCAGCCGUCGCUCCAGAACCAGUCCGCCUCCAUGCUCGCUGUCCCCAGCGGUUUAGACCUGAGUGCUCUCAGCGGCACUCUGCCUCAGCAAGGCAUUGCCUUGUGUGCUCCCGUGGGGCAAGCUGACAAGCUGCUGCUCUGCAACUGGGGCUUACCAAAACCUGUCCUGGAGCGCUACCAGAAACACGGCGUGACUCACAUGUUCGAAUGGCAGGCUCAGUGUCUCGCUGUCGGACAGGCGCUGCAGGGAGGUAACCUGGUGUACUCUGCCCCCACGAGUGCUGGGAAAACUCUGGUGUCGGAGCUGCUGAUGCUGAAGCGUGUGUUGGAGACUAAAAGAAAAGCCCUCUUCAUCCUGCCGUUUGUCUCCGUGGCCAAAGAGAAGAUGCAUUACUUUCAGAGUGUAUUUGGAGAGGCAGGCGUUCGCGUGGAGGGCUAUAUGGGAAGCACCUCGGCCGCUGGAGGGUUCACAGCGCUGGAUGUGGCCGUGUGCACCAUAGAAAAAGCCAACUCUCUCAUUAACCGACUCAUUGAGGAGGACAGCAUGGGUCUCCUAGGUAUGGUGGUGGUGGAUGAGUUACAUAUGGUUGGUGAUUCGGGAAGGGGAUACCUGCUAGAACUGCUCCUAACCAAAAUCCGCUACAUUGCGCAGAAGCAGAACGCCACUGGGUCUCUCUCUGAGGGCGUGCAGAUCGUUGGUAUGAGCGCCACCUUGCCCAACCUCGCCCUCCUGGCCAGCUGGUUGGGUGCAGAGCUUUACCAGACGGACUACAGGCCCGUGCCCCUGCAGGAGCACCUCAAAGUGGGCUGCAACAUCUACGACAAGAGCCUCGCUGUGGUCCGGCGGUUCGUUCCGGCGCUCCACGUUAAGGGCGACGACGACCACAUUGUGAGCUUGUGCUAUGAGACCGUGAGGGAGGGACGGUCUGUGCUGCUGUUCUGCCCCUCGAAGAUCUGGUGUGAGAAGCUGGUAGACAGCAUCGCCAGAGAGUUCUACAACCUCAGACAUACCGAUCGUCAGGCCGAAGCAGAGCCUAAGCCGGUGUCUCUGGAUCGGGAUGGACUCGUGGACGUCGUAGCACAGUUGAGACGAACUCCAGCUGGUUUGGACCCGGUCCUCAAGAGAACUGUGCCAUGGGGGGUGGCCUUCCACCACGCCGGUUUGACAUUUGACGAGCGCGACGUGUUGGAGGGAGCUUUUCGCCAAGGCACCGUCAAAGUGCUGGCCGCCACCUCGACACUCUCCUCGGGGGUUAAUCUCCCGGCUCGCAGGGUCAUCAUUCGAACCCCUACCUUCAAUGGACACCUGUUGGACCCGCUCACGUACAAACAGAUGGCAGGACGAGCGGGGAGAAAAGGAGUGGACACUAUCGGUGAGAGUGUGCUGGUGUGUAAGGAGGCGGAGCGUCAGAAAGGUAUCAGUCUCCUUAAGGGGGCUCUUCAGCCAAUCAGCAGCUGCCUGGUGAGAAGGGAGGGAGAAGGCGUCACCACCAGCAUGCUGCGAGCCAUCCUGGAGAUCAUUGUCGGAGGGGUUGCCAGCACUCCACAGGAUGUGCGGUCGUAUGCUUUGUGCUCGCUACUGGCUGCCAGCAUGAAAUGUGACGGCAAAAAAGAGUCAAGCGAAGAGACCAACAAAGGAGCUAUUGAGGCCUGUGUUGAAUGGCUGAUGGAGAACGAAUUUAUCAGUAUCCAGAAGGACGGACAAGAGCAGCGGUACCAUCCCACUCAACUCGGUGCUGCCACCCUUUCCUCGUCCCUCUCCCCUCCCGAGGCUUUGGGAAUAUUUGCAGAUCUCCAGCGGGCCAUGAAGGGCUUUGUGCUGGAAAAUGACUUGCACAUUCUUUAUCUGAUCACCCCGUUGUACGCCGAGUGGACCACCAUAGACUGGUACCAGUUCUUCUGUCUGUGGGAACAGCUGUCGUCGUCGAUGAAGAGAGUCGCGGAGCUCGUGGGCGUCCAGGAAGGUUUCCUUGCGAGAUCCGUCGGCGGCAAACUCGUCGCCAAGACGGAGAAGCAGCGCAGACAGAUGGCCAUUCACAAACGGUUUUUCACCACCCUUGUGCUCCAGGAUCUGGUGAACGAGGUGCCUCUGGGAACGGUGGCCUCCAAAUACAACUGCAAUCGUGGGCAGCUGCAGUCCCUCCAGCAGUCUGCUUCGACAUAUGCAGGUAUGGUGACGGUGUUCUGCAAGCGCCUGGGCUGGCACAACAUGGAGCUGCUGCUUUCCCAGUACCAGACCAGGCUGAGCUUCGGAGUCCAGAGGGAGCUGGUCGACCUCGUCAGGGUCUCCCUGCUGAACGCAACGCGAGCCAGAGCGCUGUACGCACAGGGCCUCUGCACCGUCGCUGAACUAGCCCGGGCUACCUUAGCUGAUGUGGAGAAAGCCCUGAGGAACGCCGUGCCAUUUAAGAGCUCGAAGCGCGCAGUGGACGAGAGCGAGGUGGAGGCGGCCGAGAGACGGAGCCUCCGCUGCGUCUGGGUCACUGGCGGCCGGGCCUUGACGGAGCAGGAGGCCGCCGUUGAGAUCGUGUCUGAGGCGAGGCUCCUCCUCCGGGAGGACCUGGCCCAGUUAGGAGUUCGAUGGGACCCGGCGUCCCUUCCGCCGGGGGCUCCUGCUGCGAACAGCCCCGGCGGUUUAGACCUCAGCUCACAGGAAGCACGAGGCGACAGCAAGGAAGAUCACCAGGAAGGACACGGGGGUCAAGGAAAGCUGGGCAGAGGGGAGGGGAAGGAGAAUAAAGACGAAGAUGGACCUGAGGAAGGUAUGUCUGAAAGGAAAAUGGAGAACGCGAAAGGAGACACCAACGGAGGCCAAGGGAACUCCAGAAAGGGAGACAGGACGGAGCCAGAAAUCAGACAAACGGAGAAUGUAUUGGAAGUGGAGAGAAGCAAAGGAACAAAACACUGCAAGCCAAAUGCAAAAUCAUUAAUGGCAAAUGACUCAGAAGAUCCACAUGAAAAAAGAGAAGAGCACGCAAGGUCAAAGCAAGGAGGGGUAGAGAGCGAGAAAGCGGAGCCGGAAGAAGGGGAGACGAGUAAAAGAGUGCGACCGGUGCCUCGCCGGGCGAAUCGUCCUGUUCCUGAAGGAGCCUGACGGCAGGAGGUUGCCGAGAUCGUGUCGAGCCCCCUGUUUCGAGCAAUGGCGCGUCCCCAGCCCUCUCCUCCCCCAAUGCCUCCUCCCUGCUUUAGAGCUCCCGGACAUCGGGCGAGGAUGCUGCCACAGGGGUCGCUGAGGUCACCCGUGCAACCGGAAAGGCUGAAGCACUCGAGAGCCUUAAGCAAAGUCCUUCACUCCAUACAAACUGAGAAAAUCCUACUAGACCAUGUAGAAACCCGCGGUGGUUCCCUCAGUCCAAAAUCCAGCACCUGCAGGCCGGGUGCAUUCAAACCGUUCAAGCUCCUGAAGGAACCCCUCCCGGUGUUUUCCGCGCCUACAGAUGCAGAUAGGUUGCACUCCCCCGGACCCGCCACUCCUGCCUCCGUUCCAUUGCUCCCGCCCGAGGCGAAGCGACGCAGGAUGGACGUCGGAGAGGCCGAUAAGUUCUCGUCUCCCGAGCUGUACGCGGGAGAAGAAGAAGAAGAAAAAGCCGAGCGACGUGUUAAAAGAGGAGAGAGUUUCGGCGACAGCUUUGAAUUAGACACUCAGACAGAGAGACUCAUCGUUCAGCAGGCAUGCCAACACAGAGGACCAGAGAAGAACAGAGAGGAGGAAGUGGUAGACGCAGCGGUGGAGAAGGACACACAUGAGGGAAGUAACGCUUGUCCCAGAUUCAAUAUUUCUCUCACAGACAGCCAGAUGGAGCUCAUCCUUGACACCACCACCCGGUAAAUUUCUCCAGGUCCAGGUGGGGAUACCGUAGUUGAGGGUGGUGACGAGGACGCCAACCCAGCUGCCUGCGAGAGCGUCAACAGAAGCAGCAGCUUCCUGUUCGACAGCCUGUACGACAGCCCGCUGCGGCUCCCCGGCCAAUCGGACGAGGGGGAGGGGGAGGGUGAGGGUGAGGAGGAGGAGGAGGAGGAGGAGGAGGAGAAGGAAGAGGGGCCCGUCGGCCAGGAGGGUCGGAGGCCCCUUUUGUCGACCCAGGAGCGAAGGCGCAGUGAGCUCCUCGCCAACCAGGAGGCGGAGAAGCAGGAGGCCGUCCAGUGGGGCGAGUCCUCCUUCAACCUGUCCGAGUGGGGCGACUCGCUGCUAGUGGGCGAGCACUUUCUGGAGAGGCAGAGCUUGCUCAGACACGCAGAGAGAACUCAUGAAGCUCAGCGGCCAUCCGCCGAGUCACAAUCCAAGCCCAGUCAGAUACAGCCACAACCCACCACUGAGACCACAACUCGAAAUGAGUACGACGAGGACAAAGACGGCAAGAAUCCAGGCCUCGCGCACAAAACUAAACAGCACAGUAACGCACACAAUAGACGAAAGAGGAAAUGAAUGCUUUGCAGUCAGGUAAAUGCAGUUUUAAGACACCCGCGAGUCCAGAACGCACCCGAAAGCUCUUUUAAUUGCAGCCCUGGGUUGCAAGAGAUCUUUGACCGCUGGCCCAGUAUGUCUGACCAGCCCUGGCUGAACACCACAACGAGCCUCGAAGCCUGCAAAAACGCUGCAAUUGUAGCAGACGUCCCAGAUCGACCUCAGCCCUCGAUGCAGGGGGACAGAGAUGGGGCGCGGUCGGACACGCAGGCGGACGCUGCGGGGAGCGAUCCUCCAGAGGACCGGCACGACCGCGAGAUUGUAACGGAGAGACCCGGCUCUGCUGGCGACCUCAUUCCCCCGACUCAGGAGACACCGCCCGUCACCCCCAGAGUAAAACUGACCACCUCAUCCGUCCAGUCUCCUCUCGUCGCUCGGACGCCUCGAACCGCUCGACUCCCCUCGGCCCUCGUGCGGCGGAAAACGGCGAUCACGAAUUGCCCCGGAUCUCGUCCAGGACACGGCAGUCCUCCAUCAGAAGCUGCCACUCACACCAAGCAGUCGGAUUCCCACGUCGGAUCGCAGCACGAACACCAGCCCGGUUCAGAACCGAAUCCCCCGCCGCACGCCAGACGCAGCAUCAGCCCUCCCGGAGACCGAGCCUCUCGGUCCUCCCCCCAGCAGAAGCUUCCCUCUAAUGCGGAAUCGCCCGGCGCUGACGCAGUAUUUACUCUUCAGCGGUCCCAGGAGGAAACUCUCUCUUCCAGCAGCUCGGGGACGUUCUCCAUCAUAGACGUGGCGAGUGACAGGCGCCUCUUCGACGCUUUCAUUAACGAGUGGAGGACGAAGGAGCGCUACUCUCUGGCCUUGGCCUGUGAAAAGAGGGAGCCCAGGCAGCAGCCGGAGGAGCAGAGGAAACACAAGAGAGAGUCCGCAGCUCACCAAAAGCUCCACGGGGCCGACGGUUUUCCGGUAAGAGACAGCGACGGCCUGGUGUUGAUCGGGCUGUCUGUCUGCUGGGGAGCAAGAGACGCGUACUACAUGUCUCUGCAGCAGGAGCAGAGCAAAGGUUUGAGCUCCAGUCUGGCCCCUCCCCCGCUGGACGCAGACUUGCCAGUGAGCGAGAGGCUGCGGCAGGCGAAGACUUGUCUGACGGGGCCGGUAACAGCCACCGCCGCUCCCAUAGGGGGCGUGGCUGUUGCGUAUGACAUCAUCGAGGUGUACAAGAGGCUCGUGCUGAGCUGCGGCGUCAGCUUGGAGGGAAACUGCGAGGAUCCCAAGGUUGCGUGCUGGCUGGUGGACCCCGGCAGCGAGGAGAGGACUCUGCCCAACAUGGUGACCGUCUACUGUCCCGAAGAGUUGCCUCUGCUGGACGGACUUGGGAACGCGCACGCGCACUGUCCGCGCGUCAGGGCGGCGACCAAGAGCGUGCUCGUGCUCUCCGUCAUGAAGCACCUCGCCGGCCUGCUGGAGAAGGACGGCAUGCUUGGUGUAUUCCGGAGCGUCGAGAUGCCCUCCCAGGUGUCCCUGGCGGUGUUGGAGUUGAACGGGUUGGGCUUCAGCGUCCGAGAGAGCGAAAGGCAGAAACACGUGAUGCAGGCCAAACUCGCGGCGCUGGAGUCGCAGGCGUACGACCUGGCGGGGCACAGCUUCUCCCUCACCAGCGUCGACGACAUAGCACAGGUGUUGUUCUUAGAGCUACACCUGCCUCCAAACGGUGACGUGGGCGGACCGAAAAGUAAGAAGACUCUCGGCUACGCCAGGAGAGGAGCGGGCGGCCGAGUACGGCUCGGCAAGCAGUUCAGCACCACCAAGGAUGUUCUGGAGAAGCUCCGCCCCCUGCACCCGCUGCCGGGCGUUAUUCUGGAGUGGAGGCGGAUCACGAACGCCUUGACCAAGUGGUGUUCCCCCUGCAGAGGGGAGAAGCGAUACCACACCACCCUGGCCAUGGACAGAAUAUACCCCAUUGCCCAGACGCACACAGCCACAGGUAGAGUGAGCUUCACUGAGCCCAACGUACAGAAUGUCCCCAAAGACUUUGAGAUUUCCAUGCCCACGGUGGUGGGGGAGAGCCCGCCGUCACAAGACAGCGGUCACAUGACCUCCAAGUCAGGGAAGAAGAGGCGUUCAGCGGCGCCUCCAGCUGCUGCUGGCCGCGCAGAACCCGGCCCGGCCUUCUCCGUCAGCAUGAGACACGCCUUCGUACCAUUUUCAGGCGGCAUGAUGUUGGCGGCCGACUACUCUCAGCUGGAGCUGCGCGUGUUGGCCCACCUCUCCAGGGACCAGCGUCUUCUGCAGGUGCUGAACGGAGGAGCCGACGUGUUCCGUUGCAUCGCCGCCGAGUGGAAAAGCGUCGAUCCGGAGUCCGUGAACGACGCCCUCCGGCAACAGGCGAAGCAGAUUUGCUACGGCAUUAUCUACGGGAUGGGAGCCAAGUCUGGGGAGCAGAUGGGAGUGGAGGAGGACGACGCGGCCUGCUACAUCGAGAGUUUCAAGGCCAGAUACAAAGGGAUCAACGCUUUCCUUCGAGAAACCGUGAAGAAGUGUGUGAAGAACGGCUACGUCCAGACCCUGAUGGGCCGCAGGAGAUACCUGCCGGGCAUCGCCAAUGCCAACGCGCACGCCAAAGCACACGCAGAGCGCCAGGCGGUGAACACAACGGUACAGGGCUCGGCGGCGGACAUCGUCAAACUCGCCACGGUGAACAUCCAGAAACGACUGCGUAAAACGUAUCCCGCCGCGCCGCUCUCUCACCAGCACGCGCGCCCAGCCGGCGGUCGCCGCGGGGUCGGGACGUCCCGACUCGGAGGGGCCUACUUUGUCCUGCAGCUGCACGACGAGCUCAUCUAUGAAACCACGGAGGAAGACCUCAUACAGGUCGCUCAGAUAGUCAAGAGGGAGAUGGAGUCAGCGGUGAAACUGUACGUGAAGCUGAAGGCCAAAGUCAAGGCGGGACCCAGCUGGGGAAGCUUGCAGGACCUGGAUAUAUAAUGUGAAUGUUUCAACGUCGACAUUAAAAAUACAUGCGCUGAUUGUUCCCCUCCCCCAAAAAAAUCUAAAUACACAUUUCCCCUUUGUAUUGGAGAGACGGCAGAUAUAUCUUAGUUUCGGAGUUAGCACUUUUUGUGCUAACGGUCCCUUUAAGAUUCUGUAAUAACAAAAGCUCUAUUUUUAAUUGCUACAUUAAUGAAAUGCAAGAUACAUACAUGAACUGUUGAAUGUAUUUAUAACUAUGUAGUAUAGUGUAUAUACAUAAAGUAGAUUUUUUUUAAUUUACUGACACCUCAAUACUCGUCAUGAGAUUGUUUUAUGUACAAUGAUAAUCUAUGUAAUAUAAUACCUUGAACUUGUUUGUGUCGAUUUAUUUUCUCUAUUUUGCAAUCUUGUGAUAAGUGUUUUGUGCUAAUGUUUUAUAAAAUGUAAAUCACAA